AGAUGACGGAAAAAGGCAAGCGGUUGCGGGUUUUAUCCCUAUUUUCUUCCUCCUCUAUUAUUCUGUCCUUCUGACCUUCUUCCCCACUACCAUGUUCCCUACUCUUAAUUCGAGAGGGGAAUAACAUUAUCCCCGUCUUGUUCUCCUUCUACCGUUCCUCUCUCUUGCUCAUCUCUUCGAGGCCGAAGCGAUGGCGGUGGCGUUGGAAAGCUUCUCGAUUCGAGAGUAUGCGGCGAAGAUGAGGAGCGUGGACUCGGGCAAAUGCUGGCCAUUCGGUGGGGAUGGGGAUGGGACGAGAGAGGGAGAGAUGGGGAGGUCGCUGCCACCGAUCUCGUCCCGGAAGUUCCGAUGGUGGUUCGACGAGCUCGAGGCGGAGCGUUCGGUUGGACUGAAGCCCGAUGGCGCCGCCGAGGAGCUCCAGUUGGAGAGAGCCCGGGCGCCGGCGGAGGAGGGGAGCAGGCAGAUGAGGACGCCGGUGAAGGCGAAGCAAAGGGCGCCCAAGAAGAGGUCCAUCGUGGAGCUGUUUGCGGUGUCUCCGCAGAUCGAGGCCGCUGAAGACGAGACUGACGACGGCGAUGAAGAGGAAGGAAAAGGAGGAGCCGUCGAAGAUAGAGAACGAGAAAAGGAAGUCGGAGGCGAAGAGAGUUCGGGAGGGGGAGAUCGAGGCGGCGGUACGGAUGUGAGUGUUUCUUCGCCGAGGGAAAGAAAAGAGAGGGUGAAGGAAAUCGAGAAAACGAGGGAGAAUUCAUGGAUAAAAUAUAAGAGCAAGAAGAAGAAGAAAUCAAAUGCCGAGACAUGUGCUGCAAAAAAGGGGAAAAAUUAUAGGCUCAAAGCAUCAUAUUCACGUGAUAUUUCUCAGUUACUUCAUGAUUCAGUGAGUAAGAAGAGGUUCAGAAAGGCUCUGACUCUGAGGGAUGCUGCUGAUGUCAGAAAGAACAAACCAUCAACGGUGAAAAGUUUACUGAAGAAGCAAAAUCGCAAAUUAAUCCAAAAUUCCAAGUUGCUUUUCAAAAACCAGGAGGAGGUAGCAAAGGUCCUGCAAGUUCAUGGCAUCCUCAAGGAUCGCUCAAAAGCCUCUUCCAUCAAAAAGUCAAGUCUGAUUGUUGAUACACAAGGUGGAAAUUCUUUUAAGCCUUCUCGUGUGUCAGAAAAGCAUGUCACAUUUUCUGGCAAGGAUGACAUACUUGGACACGACAAGAGCGUUUCUCCCAUGGAGCUGCCUCAAUUGCAAAGCCUUUGCAAAAUAUUUUCAGAUGUCUUGGCUGCAUCAUCAGCUACGGGUGAUUUAAGCAAAGGUGAUAAACUUCCAUCUCCUAGUAAGGGAUCUCACAUGGUGAAUGAAUGUGAGAAAGAUGCUGCGACAAGUGGUGCAGAGGGAACAGCCGGGUGUGACAAGGCACAGUUGAGUGAUGCUCACAGUCGUGCUGUCCCCCACGAGUUUAUUAAUCCCAAUAACAGGAUCUAUCCCGGUAGAGAUAUAUCCUCCUUGGAUGAAGCUGUGGACUUAAAUAGUGUAAUACAGAGCUCCAGCAAUUCGAAUUGCUUACACUUUGGCACCUCAGUUUUUUCUGCUAGUCACCUGCAUUCAGGCGAUCAACAAGUUCUGAAUUCUUAUGGUAAAGAAGGGUCAAGUUCUGGUGAAGGAAUUCGUUCAGAUGGAAGAAUUUUUGGGAUAUCUGAUUCUGGAAGAAGUCUGUCUACUCCCAUUGAAAGUAGUGGCUCAAGAUCUGAAGCAAUGAGUUCGCUAACCGUAGCCAGGAAUCUAAUUUCACAGCCUUCGAGAACCUGCUCAGUAAUGAGCAUGGAAGCAAAUGAGAGGCAACCGCAUUUAGCACUAGGGCCCAGGGUUGAUGUUGAUAGAUGUGUUUCAGAGAUUCAACCUAUGUGCCGUCUCACUCGUCAAGAUUUGAGUAGAAGCAUAUGCACUUUAGUUGGAUCAAAAAGAUCUGGGGAAACAGGGCUGAUAAUGUCAGAUCAGAUGUCCACCUUCAGGGACAAGCAUAGUGAUGAGAAUUUCAUCGGCCUGCCUCUUAAUUCGCAGGGAGAACUCAUUAAGUUGCAUUCCAGUGGUAGGUUUGGUCUUAGGGAUUUAUUUAAGGAGCAAAACACAGUCCUGGGUUCCUGCCGUAGCUUCCCAAUUUGUAAUCUCGUUGAGCCAAGAAGUACAUUGAAUCAUAUAAAUAUGACAGGAAAGUUUCCUGCUGCAUCAUGGUACAUGAAAGAUGGGUUAAGAUCGUACCCGGAACAGUGUGACAAUCCUGCUAGCAUGCCUGUAACUUCUGGGCUAGGUAUUAUGCAGUUGCAUGGUUUUGAAAGGAUGGAAGUUCAAAACCAUGUAUCAAUGAUGGACAAAGAUCAACAUUUCCAUCAUGGACCAAGUUCGACGAAAGUUUCUUGCUAUGGGUGCAGAGAAUCUAGUCGCGAAGCUUGUAGUUGGAAUAACAGGGAAAAUUUUCAAGCAGAGGGGAAUUUGGACCAUGGGGUUCAGCCUGCUAACCAACCAACAAUGCGUUUGAUGGGUAAAAACGUUGCAGUCGGCAGAAGAAGUGAAGAAUGCAGUUUUGAUUAUGGAGAGAUUUGGACAGACAAGGAAAUCGUAACUGAAAACAGCCCCUCUGUUGGACUGUCUGAUACAUCACUUCCAAGGCAAUGGCUUCAACAGGGGUGCUUCAAACAGCCCGUCUCUGAGGCAUCAAGAUUUAUACAAACAAUAGGGACUUCAUCAAGCAUUUAUUGCAGUCCAGAACUUGAACCAAGAUUUGAUCAUAUGCAUCUUGAUUGCCCAGAGCAGUGGAUAUCAAGAAUUGGCCUUCCAUCCACCAUCGGAGAUUAUGCCUCCAAGCUGAAUCCUUCUAGCCAUCCACCUCCUUCUCAGACAAUGCUGAAUAAGACACUCAACCCUACAGUAAAUUCUGUAACCCAUCCUCAAAAUAUUCAGCAUAUGCUGCUAAUGUCUACACAUCGCAAGCAUAGCCAGAGCUUUUCUUUUAGUACUUCAUCAACUUCCCAUCCUGCAUUUUUAAAUCAGAAUUGUGGGAAUUUUGUUGAAUCAUCAUCAGCUCAAUCUUCGCUUUGCUGUCCGCAGUGGCUGCUAAAUGCAGGACAGCAUAAGAAGAGCAACAAAUUUCCUUUUCCCUUUUGUUCCGAUCCUAUUGCUCUUUGUCACCCCUGCACAACAUCUGGAAGUAAGCUCCCUCUGCUUCCUUCUACGUAUCCCACAUGCAUUGUAUCUUCUCCUGCUUAUAAUACCAGCUCUUUGCACACCUGUGGCUCUGCUUCAUUAGUUCAUUCUUCAUUUAUCCCAUCCUAUCCAGCAAGCAAAUCCACUUUUCCAGGCAAUUCAAACUUUAGAAACAAGAUUAAAGAUAGGGAUGGAACAAAAUGCAAUCUUAUGAAUCUCAAAAGUCUGGAUCGGCCUGACAGAAGUAACAAAAGGCCUGCAGCUAAAGUUGAUGGAUUCAUGAGACCAGCGAAAAAGCCUCAUUUAACAAUACAAGACAGCUCUGUUCCAGCAGGCCCAAGGAGAGAACAGUUGAAUGAUUGUUCAUCAGAUGAUGCAAGAUCAGCAGAAAUGUCGGCUUUGGCUAAUAAAAUCAUUGAUGCUGGUCGUCCAGUAAUGAGAAACGAAAAAAAUGGGUUAACAAUUUCUUCUGGCUCUAGUUCUUUAAACCAUUCUGUUGGGACAACAGCAGGACCUGUCAAAUUGAGUUCAGGAGCAAAGCAUAUACUAAAGCCCAGUCAAAAUAUGGAUAAGGAUAAUUCUAGACUAAUUCAUUCAACCAUACCUUUUGCAGUUGGGACUAGUUCUUGUACAGCUCCAGUUGCUCAGAAAUCAACAAUGAUUUACAGGUUCUAGCGGGCAUGCACAACCUAGUAUGGAUGGUUUAAGCAAUGAUUUCUUUUGUAGCUUAUCUUCCACUUAAAUGGCUUCCUGUCAAGUGAAUACUUCUGAUUUCAGUGAUGGUUCCUUUUUGAUUUUAACGAGGUGAAAUUGGUUUCUGGUCUGGAAGGAAAGCAUUACAUGGUCGCAGCUCUAUAAAAGCAAGUGUAUACAAUGUUACAUUAUUUAACUGCUUAUCUUUGUGUUUUCCAAAGCUUCUGCUGCUGCAACAAUUUGAACCUCAAGCUGUGAUCGGGUUAUUUAGAUUUUCUUCCUAGAAUUCAAUCUCCCUGUUUUGAAUCUGAUAUAAUAGUAUGUUAUUUUAUUAACUGCUCAUGCUAUAUUUAUUCAAGUAUGGAACUUACAAAGUCAUGAUUUUUUCUUUUUCCUCGGUCACUCCAAGUGCAUUAUUGGUUUCUUUUCUUCUUUUUUUUUUUAUGUUUAUUAUGUGUAUGUUGUUUAACCAUGAAAUCAAAAAUCAUUCCACGCAAAUACCAAGCAUGAGCUUAUUCAUGUUAUCCACAUGAUAAACAUUGUAUAUUGCCUUAUUCAUAUAUCUGUUUUGUUGCUUAUAUCACUUGAUGGGUGGUUUUAAGCAAUUAUUUCAUGUUUGAUUUAUAACCAUUAUUUGCUAUAAAUAAUUUUAGUUUUGUAAAUCAACUUCAUUUUUUUUCCUAAAUAUCCCCUAUAGAUUGUCAUCCUCAUUUUUUUGUUGAUGACAUGAUCUUAACCUAUACGUCCAACUAACUGCACAUCGUUAAGUGUUUCUUCAAUAUAAUCUAAGACAUAAAGGUACUUAGCCCUUAGAUUAUUCUAUAUGCCUCAACAUCUGCUCUCUUAUCUUUCCUUUGUCUUUGAUUGGUAUAAGGAUCUUCAACAUUAUACUGUACAUGAUGUCACACCCAAAACCAAGAGCGCGUAACGAACGUAGCAUGCCUCCAAUGCAAACCAAACAUACAUGCAAGACUACUGAACAAAAAUUUAAUCAUUUCAUGAUAAUUUUAAACCAAUAAUAAGAUAACCUUGAUGCUCAAAAAAUUAAAUCUACCAAAUGCUCAAAGCAAUUUAGUGUGCUGCCCAAGUCCCACAGCAAACCAUAGAUCAGAAUUUGCAACAAAAAAAAAAAGAAUAAUAAGUUACAUUAACCUGAUAAGCAACAUAACACUUCAUAUCAGGUCAGAGCAUAACAUUAGAUAACAAAUCAAAUACAAUAAUAUAUUCUUGACUAGGCUAAAUUUCAUUCUUAUCAAAUACUAAAGAAUGCUACUCUUUUUUUUUUUUCAAAAGUAUAUUGUUCAUAAACAAAUAUUAAAUUUAACAUUUGGCCAUAGCCACAUAACCCAGUGGCAUGGGUCAAUGAACAGGUAAUAGAUAACAAGUAAUGAUGCCAAAAUAUCAUUAUUCUUGCCACCGAUGGUAGAGUAUUGAAACUAAUUUCUUAGAUUAUAA